AUGGCAGCACAAACAGUGAACGUGCUGCUUUCAUCCUUCCCGGGACUUUCCCUACCUUCGACAGUCUCAUUUUCUCUCCCAUCCACGUCCACAAUCUCUGAUCUUACCGAUAGAGUCUCCGCGUACUUGCCGUCGUCGAUACCGCUUCAGUCUCUUGUCUUGACCACAACGGGUAACAAACAGCUUGUUCCAUCAUGCGAACGUUUGCUUUCUCUCUUUGCCGCCUCCAAUGGCGAAGUUGCAACAACGUCGAAUCUCCUCCCCCUCCGCCUGACUGUUCCCUUGCGCGGAGGCAAGGGUGGAUUUGGUUCCCAGCUCCGUGCGGCCGGUGGACGUAUGUCGAGCAAGCGGAAGCGCAAUCAGGGGGACGACAAUGGCUCCAGUCGCAACCUUGACGGUCGCCGUAUUCGCACGGUCAACGAAGCCAAGGCUCUGGCUGAAUACCUCGCAGUCAAACCGGAGAUGGACCGAAAAGAAAAGGAAGAGCGUCGGCGCCGAUGGCAGGCUGUUGUGGAGGCAGCGGAAAAGCGCCAGGAGGAAUUGAAGAACGGUGGCGGAAAGAAUAAGAUUGAUGGACAGUGGAUGGAAGACAAAGAGGAAAUGAACGAAAAGGCCAGGGAGGCUGUGUUGGCAGCAAUGAGGGACGGAGCUUGGACGGAUAACUUACGCGACACGAUCCUGGGCGGAUCUAGCACGAGUGCUAGUGCUAGUGAGGGUAGUGGACAGGAGACUCCGAGCGGCUCAGAGGAAGACAGCGAUGAGGAACAAGACGCGGGGGAUGCACCCAUGCCGUCAGACUCGGCUAUCAAGUCAGCGCCAGCCAGGAAGUUUAUUGGAUUCGAUGACGACGACGACUUCAUGAGUGAUUCUGAAGACGAACAAACCGAUCAAAUUGACGAUCCGAAGGGCAAAGGAAAAGCAAAGGCUUGA